GCUCCAACUCACGUUGCGUUAGCGUUGGUGGCCGGAUAAGUAUGGUCGCAUACGUAUGUUAGUGGCAGGCCCUGUUGGUCGUGCUUGGAAGCUUGGUAUAGGUGCGAGCGGCGGGGCCGGUGGCUAUGUUGCGUGCCAGCACUCCCGCUCUCAAUACAGAGGCCGAACUCGAUGACCGGAUGUGGGUCUCCCGGGUACUGACGGCGACCUUUUGGGCAGAGUAUGAUGCGAUGGGAGGGGUCAUGGUUUUUGUGAGUGAAGCUGGUGAAAUAGCUUGCGAUUGGCUAGAUGGAAUGAAGCAGAUUCUUGCGGUCAUAGGUGAGGAAAGCACAUGGGGUGAGUCGAUGACACGAGGGGCCGUCGCACACGUUGAAUGUUGAGCACCCUAUCCAGUCGAAGGCGAGGGCCUUAUUUCAUCAUCGAAGCUGUCCUCCUGCCGCAUCCCAACUCCGCAUGCCUGGGCCUCGGCGUUCACGCCUCUGAGUUCCUCUUGGAGGUGGGGGCAGUCGAUACCGACGUAACGAGGCCGACUGGAACCGAAUUUGAGUUAUCGCUUGUCUGCGUCAGGGUGUCAGGAGUUGGGCUUGUUGCGAUGAUUAUGGUGGCCUGCUGAUGACAGUACGUAGCGAUCGAGAGACGGGGUUGCGGAGCACGGCUGGAGGAUGUAAAGUAGGUGGAGGCCAACGUUUGCGAUCGUCAUAGGUGAAGCGAGGAUAUGAGAAAGAUGGAUAUGCAUGUUGCUGAAGAUCUUGACGAUGGCGAUGGCCUCGUUCCGUCGUCAAAGCUGUUCCACCUCCGCCGCCGUUUGUGCUGUCCACAUCCUACCUCCCCUUUCCUUGUCCUCGCCGUCCUCGUUCACAAAUUCCUCGCACAGGUGGAGGCAGCUGAUGCAGAAUCGAAUCCUGCAGCUUAACUGAUGCCCGUGUCAGAGGUUGGUAGAGCGGGGCCUGCUUGGGCGAAUGCGGAGAGGACAGCUGGAACAGAGACUUCUAGCGAUGGUUCGAGGGCGGACCGCCAACGAAGCAGUGGGCGUCGAAUCGGGCAUCGGGUGUGCUAAAACCAGACUCGAUCAGAGCAAACCGUCUGAACCUCUUCGAACCAGGUGUUGUCAACGUGUUUUUUGCUCCGUC